ACACCGGACAGCAAGGCCUGGAGACAAUGGAACAACCCACCAAGAUGGUAAGAAGAUAAUCUUGCUAGGUCCUGGGGGAGAGGGGAAGAAGGGAUUUUAAGUGAGUGGAGCCAAGUCGCCUGCCUCUUCUAAGACUUUCUGGGAAUCGAGAACCUCCAGACUCGUAGGGAUGGGGGCGCGGGGGGGGGGGGGACUGUGCGCUUAGGCUCAGACUCGCUGGCCACGUUUGGGGAUGAAUCCCUUUCCCAAAUACCCACAAGCAGGCCCCACCGUCUCGACCAUCCGGCCUUGGAGCUCGCCCCCUUUCCCGCCCAUCUCUUAAUGAAACGGGAGGAGGGGCGGGGCCCUCCGACGCGACCCAUUGUGACGCCACGACGCCGAGAGAACCCCGAGUAGCAAGCUCUGCUGGGACCGGAGCUGCCAAGCGUUCCAAGAGAUUGUCAAUGGCCACGUGACCCAGACGUGCCAUCCAUUGCUAUUGGGCUCUUGUCUUCCCCUGCAUGAGAAGGCACUCCUGUCCAUUCCCAGGGGAUCCGGGACCCUGGACGCUGGCUCCACUGACCUCUGAGCAUUUGACAAGUGCUCGACCUCGAGAUGAAUCAGCUGAAGGUCCUGGCUGUUAGGCUUCGACCUCAGGCCACCCAGCUUCUGGCAAAGCUCAAUGUCCCACAGCUGAGCCAACGAGGUCUCUCCUCCGGACCACCUGAGGCCUUCCCAAGUGGUAGCACCAGCUAUGUGGAGGAAAUGUACUUUGCAUGGCUGGAAAACCCACAGAGUGUCCACAAGUCCUGGGAUACCUUUUUUCGGACUGCCAGCGUGGGAGCAGCCCCAGGCCAUGCCCAGCCAGGGUCCCCAUCCCCUAGAGCAGAAAGCCAUACGGACAGGGCUGCCAUCCAAGAGGCCCCUGGACAUACGAAGAGCCAGGCCAUGGCAGAUAAGCUGGUGGAAGAUCAUUUGGCUGUACAGUCGCUGAUCAGGGCUUAUCAGAUCCGGGGCCACCAUGUGGCCCAACUGGAUCCCCUUGGAAUUCUGGAUGCUGACUUGGACUCCUUUGUGCCCUCAGAUUUAAUCACCACCAUUGAUAAACUGGCCUUCUAUAAUCUUCAUGAAUCUGACCUGGACAAAGUUUUCCAUUUGCCCACCAAUAUCACCUUCAUUGGGGGCACGGAGAGCACCCUGUCUCUGAGAGAGAUUAUCAAGCGUUUGGAGAGGACCUACUGCCAGCACAUUGGCCUGGAGUUCAUGUUCAUUAAUGAUGUGGAGCAAUGCCAAUGGAUCCGGCAGAGGUUUGAGACUCCUGGAGUGAUGAAAUUCACCAACGAGGAGAAGAGGACGUUAUUGGCGCGGCUGGUGCGGUCAAUGAGGUUUGAGGACUUCCUGGCCCGGAAGUGGUCAUCAGAGAAGCGAUUUGGCUUGGAGGGUUGUGAAGUCAUGAUUCCUGCCCUCAAGACAGUCAUCGACAAGUCAAGCGAGAUGGGGAUUGAAAACGUGAUUCUGGGAAUGCCUCACAGGGGCCGGCUCAACGUAUUAGCCAAUGUGAUUCGCAAAGAGCUGGAGCAGAUUUUCUGUCAGUUUGACCCUAAGUUGGAGGCAGCAGAUGAGGGUUCUGGGGAUGUCAAGUAUCACUUGGGCAUGUACCAUGAGAGAAUCAACCGAGCUACAAACAGGAACAUUACCCUGUCUUUGGUGGCCAACCCUUCCCAUCUGGAGGCUGUGGAUCCUGUGGUACAGGGGAAGACAAAAGCUGAACAAUUCUAUCGAGGAGAUACAGAGGGCAAGAAGGUCAUGUCCAUCUUGGUCCAUGGAGAUGCAGCCUUUGCGGGGCAGGGUGUUGUAUACGAGACUUUCCACCUCAGUGACCUACCGUCCUAUACCACUAAUGGCACUGUCCAUAUCGUGGUCAACAACCAGAUCGGUUUCACUACAGAUCCCCGAAUGGCUCGCUCCUCCCACUACCCCACAGAUGUAGCCCGGGUGGUCAAUGCACCCAUCUUCCAUGUCAAUGCAGAUGACCCUGAGGCCGUGAUAUAUGUCUGCAGUGUGGCAGCUGAGUGGAGAAACACCUUCAACAAGGAUGUUGUCGUAGACCUGGUGUGUUAUCGCCGGCGUGGGCACAAUGAGAUGGAUGAGCCCAUGUUCACACAGCCUCUCAUGUACAAGCAGAUUCACAAGCAGAUGCCAGUCUUGAAGAAGUAUGCAGACAAGCUGAUUGCAGAGGGCACUGUCACCCUGCAGGAGUUUGAGGAAGAAAUCGACAAAUAUGAUAGGAUUUGUGAAGAAGCUUAUACUAGGUCCAAAGAUGAGAAGAUUCUGCAUAUUAGACACUGGCUGGAUUCCCCGUGGCCUGGAUUUUUCAAUGUGGAUGGAGAACCCAAGAGCAUGACGUACCCUACCACAGGCAUUGCUGAGGAUAUUCUCGUGCAUAUUGGCAAUGUGGCCAGCUCGGUACCCCUCAAGGAUUUCAAAAUUCAUGGAGGCCUCUCUCGUAUCCUGAAAAGUCGAGUGGAGAUGGUCAAGAAUCGGAUAGUGGACUGGGCUCUGGCCGAAUACAUGACCUUCGGCUCCCUCCUGAAGGAAGGGAUCCACGUGCGUCUGAGUGGGCAGGAUGUGGAGAGGGGCACGUUCAGUCACCGGCACCAUGUGCUACAUGACCAGGAAGUUGACCGGAGGACAUGUGUCCCUAUGAAUCAUCUGUGGCCUGAUCAGGCCCCCUACACCGUGUGCAACAGCUCCCUCUCAGAAUAUGGAGUCCUGGGGUUUGAACUUGGCUUCGCCAUGGCCAGUCCCAAUGCUCUUGUGUGUUGGGAAGCCCAAUUUGGUGACUUCCAUAACACUGCUCAGUGCAUCAUCGACCAGUUCAUCAGUUCCGGCCAAACCAAGUGGGUACGGCACAAUGGCAUCGUGUUACUCCUGCCCCAUGGCAUGGAGGGCAUGGGCCCUGAACAUUCUUCUGCCCGACCAGAGAGGUUCCUGCAAAUGAGCAAUGAUGAUUCAGAUGCCUAUCCGGAGUUCAGUGACGACUUUGAGGUGGCGCAACUCUAUGAUUGCAACUGGAUUGUGGUCAACUGCUCCACACCUGCCAACUUCUUCCAUGUGCUCCGAAGGCAGAUUCAGCUUCCUUUCCGAAAGCCGCUAAUCAUCUUUACUCCCAAGUCCUUGCUGCGGCAUCCAGAGGCUAAAUCCAGCUUUGAUGACAUGGUGACUGGUACCAGCUUCCGACGGGUGAUUCCUGAAGAGGGGGCAGCUUCCCAGGCACCCAGGGAUGUGAAGCGUCUGAUAUUUUGCACAGGAAAGGUAUUCUAUGACCUUAUAAAGGAACGGAAAAACCAGGAUCUGGACAAACAAGUAGCUAUUACUCGAGUAGAACAGAUCUCUCCCUUCCCCUUUGACCUCAUAAAGCAAGAAGUUGAGAAAUACCCAGAAGCAGAACUCAUCUGGUGUCAAGAAGAGCAUAAGAACAUGGGCUACUAUGACUAUAUCAGUCCUCGGUUUCUCACAGUCAGCCAGGCUCGGCCCAUAUGGUAUGUUGGCCGAGACCCAGCUGCUGCUCCUGCUACAGGAAACAAGAAUGCUCACCUGGUAUCCUUGAAAAAAUUCCUAGACACAGCCUUCAAUCUGAAGGCCUUUGACGGGAAGACGUUUUAGAGCCGAAGGACAGCAUUGCUCUCUCUCUCCUCUGGGAUGACUGAGUGAUGAUGAGAUAGAGCGCAUUCUGAAGAUGAGACCAUCCCAAGGAAGCUGGAAACGGGUGGUGGGCCAGCCUGUGGGUUUGGUUUUUCCUUUUUCAGUUGAGGCCCUCAGGAAGGCAGAGAGACCCAGACAGGUGCAGGUAGAAAAGGACUUUGGGCCAGGGUUUCAUUCAGGGGCUUACAACACACCUUUGCGUCUCCCAUCCUACCUGCAGGUUUAACUCUUCUUGGGUUCUCUUCUUGCCUCCUCAGUUAGAAUCUUAUCUAUUUCUGAAGCCAAUGGAAAUGACUGGUUGGUUUAGACCAGCCUGCCUGCCUCUUGCCCUUUCUUUGCAGCCUGAUGUGAUUAAAUGAAUAAGCAGUAGAUUAAAAGGAAACAUUUUGUGUUCUUCUAAAUGGGAAUUUCAGCAAUAACACCUGGGUGAAGCAAAGUAAUGUUGGAGCAAUUGUUUUUUUUGUACCCUGUUUUACAAGGCCACAUAAUAUGAAGUCUGUCUACCCAUGUGAUCAGUGUGCCCAGGAUUUAGUGUGUACCAAAGUAGAAAACAGAAUUCAUGUAGAAAUAAAUAGUGGUAAAGCAGAUUUCCCCCUUGUCAUUCUUUUUCUGGGCAAGGAACAGGGAAGGCAGAGAGAAAGAGGAAGAGAUGGAGGAAAAGGGGGAGAAAGAGUCAGCGUCUGUGGCAUCUCUCUGCUGGGCAUCUAGUAGGUAUCUAAUGUUUAUUGACUCGAAGAGGAAUACAAACAAGAAACUGUCAGCACCUUUUUCAAAAGGACAAAAUGCAUGCUCUGAGCUUGAGUGUUCUCCCUCUGAGAGCCAAGGUUUGUGCGAUGUUUUAAAACCUAUUGGCAUCUUUUUUUCUUGCCUUCUCUUGGUUUUACUCAUUAGUAGAUGACUGGAAAAGUUACAGAAGAAGAUUGUGGUGCUCUUUUAAAUGAUUUUAGAAAUCAAAGGGAAAAUAAAACCAGGCUGCAGUUAGGAAUUUAAAAUCCUUUAAGUCUCAAAAAUGCGCUUCUGAAUAUGAAAGAAUGUUUCUCUUUGUUGUAAGUUAUUUACCACUCUGGAAAUCAAAUCUAUUAAGACUAUUUUUGCUAGUGAGCGAUAUAUUUGACCUUUACAUUUGAGAGGUUUCCAGAUCUAUGCUUUUAUUUGUACAAGGGAACUGUCAGUUUAAAAAUUCCCUUCACUCUCUGUAACUUUAUAGUUUUAGAGAAUUGCUUGGGGCACUGAAAGAUGAUUCAAAUCAAAAUCAUAACCUAGUUGUCUGUGUCAGAAGCAGGUUUUGAACACAAGUCUUCCUGACUCUUAAGUCUAGUGUUCUAACCCUUUAAAUUCAAUACCGUAGGACAAGGAGAUGCAGUGGAUAGAGCCCCGAGUCUGGAAUCAAGAUGACUUGUGUUCAAAUCCUGCCUUAGGACAUUUACUAGUUAUGUGUCCCUGAGCAAGUCACAACCUCUGUUUGCCUCAGUUUCCUCAUCUAUAUAAAGUGGGACUAAUAAAAACACCUACCUCCCAGGGGUAUUGUAAGAAUCAAAUGAAAUAAUAUUUGUUUUUUAAAUCUUAAAUUAAAAAAAAACUUUAAUUGUCAUGCAAAACACGAUUCCAUAUUGGUCAUUGUUGUAAGAGCAAACUCAGUACAUAACCAAAACCCCAAAAUAAAACCACAACUACAUUGAUGUGAAA